AUGGAGCAGCCGCCAGCCUCGGCGCCGUCGCCGCCGCCGCGACCCCUCGGCUCGCCAACCGCCAACCGGCUCGCGCUCGGGAGAGCCGUCCCACGCCCUCUCGACCUCGCCAGCAGCCGUGCCCACUCGUACAGCAGCACCACCCCGUCUGCGAGCAGCACCUACACCUCGUCGCCCCCGACCGCCCCGGACUCGCUCGUCAGCCCUCGAGCUCAGCUCGCAUCGCCCACCACCCCCGACCGCGGCACGACUGCCCUCGCGGGCAACACACCGGCUCGCGAUGAGCGGUCUGCAUCGGCCGAGGGCGCCGACCGGCCACGGGCGCAUGCGCACGCCCCCUCGCCGACUUCCUCGCCCGCCCUCGCAUCCCUCACCUCCCCGCCGACUGCCGCACGCCCAUCCACCUCGACCUUUCCUUCGCCCGUCGCAGGCUAUGCCGCACGGCGAGCGUCGGGUAAGCUCCCUGCGUCGGCCUCGACGACCUCGAUCGGCGGGCGCAGCGUCCUCGGCUACACCUCGGCCGCGAGGCGCACGGGCUCGCCCUACCGCGGCGGCGGCAGCGGCGCCGGAGCCACGCCGUUGGGGACGAGCGCGGGAGCUGGAGCGGGACCAGCAGGAGGAGGCGGUGCAGGCGCGAGCGGGACUGGGAUCGGCACGACGAGCAGCUCGCGGUUCCUCCUCACGGUCGUCCCGCCCGAGCACUUGCCGCACGACCCGCCGCAUCCUCGUACCAACCCUGCCUGCUCAGGCUAUGGCCCACCAGAGCACUUUCGACGCGGCACCCUCGUCCCCCUGUACCCGACCUUGUCGUCCCAGCUCGCCGCCAUCGCUCGCGAGUACGGCCUCCCGUCCUCGGGCGGCGUCGUCCUGUACCUGUUGUCGACGACCAACCCGGCGACGCAGCAGCCGUUCCCGCAGUCGGCCGGCUUCGCUGCGGAGGGCGGUCCGCGCAUCAGCGACGGCGCGUGGAACCUCCUGUGGGCGCAGCUUAUGGCCGAGGAGGAGGCCGAGCGCGACAUGCUCCUGUACGAGCAGCAGCAGCGCGAGCACGACCUGCUCGACUCGGACAACGCGUCCGACGACGACGACAACGACUACCGCCCGCCGCCGGUACCGCCUAUCCCGUCCGAGCAUGCCGCACCUCGGCAACGCGAGCAGUCGGAGGACGCCGGCAUCUUCUCGGACGAGCAGGAGCAGGAGCGCGUGAGCCAGUCGAGCGUCGACGGCGGCGCGAGCGACGGCAAGGCGCCUCGAGCCGACAACCGCGUGUCCGCCAUCGCACGGGCCGGCCUCGGUCGCGGUCCACCGCCGUCGACGACGUCGCCCGGCGCCGGCGUCAAGCGCUUCUCGUCCUUCCCGACCGCCGCUCACCCUUCCCUCACCCGCCGCUCGUCGCGCCAAUCCCUGCGCUCCGCCUCGCACCGCACGGCGGCACCGCGCCCCUCGAGCUACAACUACGCGACGGCGCCGCCCUCGGCUCGCGCCGUCUCGUACGGCUCGUCCCGGUUCGCGAGCGGGCCGGCGUCGCUCUUCUCGCCGUCGACGGUCGGCGCGUCGGCCUUCCUGCCCGGCUACGGCGCGUCCGUCGUUGUCGGCAAGGUCGAGUUUGACAUCCACGCCGGCUCGCGCCAGGGCAAGUGGUACGAGGCGUGGCUCGCGAGCGCGUCGCAACCGGCGAGCAGCGGCACGAGCAGCGUGUCCACCCCGGCGGUCGCGUCGUCUGCGCCCGCCAUGGCGUUCGAGCAACCCCAUCAGUCGUGGCACGAGCUGCAGCUGCCGAGUCGGGUCGCGAGCGCGGCUCGUUCCCAGGAGUCGGCGGCGCGAGGACUUGGCAUCGUCGCCGCGCCGCCUGCGCCCGAGCCGCACCUGUUCGACACGGCGACGCUCGCCUCGGCAGCCCUGUCGAGCUCGUCGCUCGCCGCCAUGGCGGGGCACAGCCCGACGGGCAGCUCGCGCGAGCGCGCACUCGCCCCGGACGAGUCGUCGCCGGUCGAAUCAGAGCCGACACCGCUCGCCGAGACGGUCGCCCUCCCGCCUGCGCAAGAGUACGCGUUGCCUAUCAGCAGCCCGUACGCCUAUUCGUCCAUCGUCGACCAUCUCGCGCCUGCCUCAUCGCCCGACCGCGCCCAACUGCGUGCCGCCGACACCUCCUUCGGCUCGCCCGCUCCGCUGUCGCAUGCGCCGAGCUCGCUGCCGUCGCGACCAGCGUCGACGACAUCCACCGUCAUCGAGGGCGACGACAGCUCGUCGAGCGAGCACGGCUCGAUCGGCUCGCACCCGGCCGGCGGCGAGGAGGACGGCUACGCGCCGCUCGAGGACGAGGACGAGGCCCAGCUCGCCGUCAAGCCGGCUGCGAGCGACGCCGACUCGGACGAGCUGCGCUACGGCAGCGCCACGGCCGAGGACGGCGGCGUGCACGACGAGCCGGUCCGCGGCGACCCGCUCGCCGACGUGUUCGAGUCGGACGAGGCGACGUGGCGCUCGAUCGCCGACGACGACUCGUACCCGCGCCUCGAGGAGCGCGACGCUGUCGAGACGACGGGCCUCGGCAUCUCGGGCGCUCGCAACGUCGCCGAGCUCGAGCCCGUCGCCGCGCCCGGCAUCCUCGAGCGCCGCGAGCAGGACGAGACGCUCGACGAGCGAGGGCUGCCACCGCCGCAGGACGACGUGCGCGACGUCGUGAACAUGCUCAGCUCGACGCCGACGACGGCGACGCACCCGAUCAACCUCGCCUCGCCGAUCCGCCUCGACUCGUCCGGCGCCGCCGCGACCGGCACCGGCGUCUUCCCGCCGUCGCCCGUCCAGCAGGUCGCUGCCCGCGAGAGCAACGUCGGCCACGGCCAGGAGGACCGCUCGUCGCCGUUCCUGCCGUCGCACUCGGCGGCCACGUCGAUCAGCACGGUCAACUUCUCGGUGCGCCCGCCGUCGACGAUCGCGUCCAUGUCGCCCGAGUACGUCCAGAACCGCAAGCAGCGUCAAGGCUGGACCAACGUGCCCGCCGUCGUCGACCCGUCCCUGUCGACCUCGUCGUCGAUGUCGUCCAUCUCGGCCGCAGGCGCCGCGAGCGACAGCGCGCGCUCGUCGAGCUCGACCGGGCUCAUGGACAACCUCAACGAUCUCGAGCGUGCGCUCGCCGACUUGUCACCUCGCGCGAGCGCACGAGCGAGGAUGGGCGCGCAAUCUCCCGCAGCCGUCCUCGAGGCGGCCGGCGAGGCCCCGUCGCGGGCUGAGCCGCCGCGCCCGGGUUUCCCGCCGCGCACCUCGUCUCGCGAGCAGACCGAGGAGGGCGAGGCGCCGUCCGCCGUACCCGCAUCGCCUGCGCCGCCGUCCUCGCUCCUCGCGAGCCGGCCGGCGUUCCGCUAUCGCGCGCCGAGCUCGCCCGGCGGUGGCAGCGAGGCCAGCGGCGCCAACGACGUGCCGUCAGCAGCAGUCGAGCUCGUUGCUCCUGCCGAGCCGGUGCGCAUCCCGCGCUCGUCAUCGCUGUCCAAGCCCGAGGCCCGUGCGCACCCCCAGCCGCACCUCGUCGCGCUCCCGCCGUCGCCGAUGCCGGCCAACGUCGCCACCUUUGCGCACUCGCCCGACGCUCUCGACGAGCCGCUCCCGGCCCUCCCGUCGGCGAGCCCGUCGUGGCCUGCCGCACCACCUCUGCCGCCCUCGCCCUCGCCACCUGUCCAGCCGUUCGACAACUUCUUGCCGCGCGCCGCCGCUCCCGCUCCUCCUCCACCUCCACCGCCGCCCGCCGCCGAGGACCCGCAGCCGUCGCAGCCUCGCUCGCCCGGCCCGAAGAAGAGCGGCUUCAAGUGGGGCAGCCGCAACAAGAGCAUCGACGCCGGCAAGGCCAACGCGGCUCCUCCUCCGGUCGGCGACGCACAGUCGCCGUCGGGCGACGACCCGAGCAGCGGCAGCGGCGCCAAGAGCCCUCUCGGGUCCUUCUUCGGCAAGUUUGGCAAGGGCGACAAGAAGGGCUUCUUCCGCCGCAACGACUCCACCUCGCCCGAGCCGCCUGUCCCCGCACCUGCCGCCGACGCUGCGGCGCCCGUCCUGCCCGCCCUUCCGCCGCGUCAGCCCUCGCUCGACGCCGAGACGGAGCACUUCUUCUCGGGCGCUGGGCGGCCUCGCCGACCGUCCGUCUCGACCAACUCGCAGCCGCCGUCGAGCCUUGUCGAGCGGGAGGCGCACGCGCCGCCUGCAUCGGCGCCGGUCGUCGUCGAGUCGGCCUCAUCGUCGCAGGAGCAGGAGGCCCCGGCGUCAAGCCUUCCUCCUCUCGCCGAGCUGUCGCAGACGCAGCAGCGCGACGAGCUCUUUGGCGUCGCCCCCUCGACGCCUGCGCCCACCUCGGCGACGCAGCAGUCGCUCCCCCUCGCGGCCCACGCCCUCUCGCCGCCGGACUCGCAGCACACCUCGUCGCCGCCUCCCGCACACCUCGACUUUCCGGCGCCCCCUCCCUCGACGGUCGCUGCGGCCACGCCGCACGAGCCGCCGCGCCCUCGCGCCUCGUCGUCGUUCGGCUCGCCCUCGCCUCGCGCGUCCCUGUCGGCCCAGUCGACCACGUCGGCGUCGUCGUCAGCGGCCUCGGCGUCGACCCUCCUCUCGCCGACCCAGCCCGCCUUCCCCUUUUCGAGUGCGCUCCCGCCGUCGCCCGCGCUCGCCGCCACGGACGUGAGCCCGACCGACGCGCCCGCCACGCCUCGCCCUGCGGCCCUCUCCCCUCCCUCUUCCGCCAACACGGGAUCGGGCCUCGAGCUCCCCGCCGCGGCGCCCGCGACGCCUCGCUACCCGGCCUCGGCGCCCGUCACGCCCGCGGCGUGGCACCUCUCGUCGCGCGCCGCGCUCGGCACGCCCUCGCCGAGCUCGGUCUCGACGUCGGCCGCGACGGGCAGUGGCGCGAGCCCGUCGGGCGCGAGCACGGGCGCGAGCGCGAGGAGCCGUGCGAGGCUGAGCGCCGACAUCGAGGGCCUGCUGAGCCAGAUGCGCGAGAUCGACUUUGCACUCGAGGACCCGCCGGCGACCCUUGCGUCGACAUUGACGACGACGGCGGCGGCGACGACGACGGUCGAGCCGGUCGACACGGCGUCGAGGUUGCUGGACGGGCUCGAGCGCGACCCGGUCGAGCCGCAGCGGGCGUCGGACGCGGCGCUUGACGAGCCCUCGCCGUUCCCGACGCCGACGCUCGUCGAGCCCGACGAGGACACGUCGCUCGUCUACGCCGGCGGUGCCGCGACGCCCGACCUGUCGUCGUCCCUGUCGUCGUCGCUGAGCGGGUUCGCGACCCCGCCGCCGCCCGUGCGCGCCUACGCCGGUGUCGGCGCCGGCGCAAGCGCGUCGCCGGGCCUCGGCGCGGUCAACGUGAGCCUGGGCGUGCCCGGCUUUGGGGCUGGGGACGACGGCGAGCUGCCGAGGCCGCUCAGUGCCGACUUGAGGGCGAUCGGGAGCGUCAUGACGCUUGGCUCGCCGCCAACGAGCCCCGAGCUCACCUCGCCGCGGUACGACCCGCUCCAGGUUCAAGCCUCGCCGACGCGCGCCUGAGUUGAUGCGUCGGCGCAGCGGUCAAGGACGAGGACGAGGAGCACGGUGACGAUACCCUGGGCGAUGUAGAAGAUUCCACGUGCGCGCGAGAGGCUCGAGCGAGCCUGAGAUGCCUCCGACCCUUUCAUCUUCUCUUUGUCUGUAAUCGCGACCUCUCUCAACAU